GAACACAAGAGGUGCUUUACGCGACCGCGUGAGCCUGCUUAACACUUCACUCGCCCAUCCUUUGCACAGAUCACAAUGGAAAGCCCACACGAAUAUCAGCAGAAUCUGCUGCUGUCCCGCAUCAUCACCAAUGUGGAGAAGCUAAAUGAAGCUGUUGUUGCCAUGAACAAGGGCCUUCAGGAAAUCAACAUUGAGAAUAUGAAUGUGGAGCUGGUCGCCCAGAUGUUCAAGAACUACCAGUCCAACGUGCUAUUUCACUUGGAGGCUACGGAUAACCUCAAGCCCCCGUCUUGAAGACGUUCGAUGAGUAGCACGCGAUGGGGAGACUCGAUGCGACCUUCUCGGGUAGAAGAGGCCACCAAACGCAACGGUCAACCACGCACAACGAAGUCGUGACAUGGUGGGACGAGCUAUCAGCGAACAUCAGGCAUGGCAUCGAUGCCAGUCUCGACAGUUGGCCACCUUAUUAUGUGUAAACCUAGCUUACAUGUCCUUGCGAGACCGUUGCACCGUUGCUAGGUGCGGGCGGGAUAUGCACAUAUCUUCCACCACGAGCCCGAGUAAGAGCACUGGCUUAGCAAAACUACCCAGUAAUAAUCAAAAUCAAUAUCAAAGAUAUGAAAAAAGGGGAAAGAAUAGCGGUAGACCCGUCAGUUGUCCGAUGCUGAUUAGAGAUUCUUUACGUGACGCGAAAGCCGACCUCGCCCAAUUCAAGGUGGAUCUCCAACUUGCAAGCUCCCGCUAUCCGUGAAAUGCAUUCUCUCAACGUGAACGGUUUCGCGACU